AACGUCACUGACACAGUUCUGCCACGAAUGCACAGCGGCAAGAUGUGGAGGUCUAGGAGCUUCACGCUGUGCUUCUUUGUGUGCUCGCAGAUUAGUUUGCUGGCUCUUUUGGCCAGAGCUGCGGAGGACAAGGACGAGGUGAAGAUCGAAGUCGUGUUCGUGCCAGAGGUCUGCACCCCGAAGAGCAAGAAGGGAGAUCUGAUCAACGCCCAUUAUGAUGGCUAUCUGGCCAAGGAUGGCUCCAAGUUCUACUGCAGUCGAACAGAGAAGGAGGGCCACCCCCAGUGGCUGGUGGUGGGUGUCGGACAGGUCAUCAAGGGCCUUGACAUUGGGAUGAUGGACAUGUGUGCUGGAGAGAGGCGGAAAGUUACGAUUCCACCGGCCCUGGCGUUUGGUGAAAAAGGCAAAGGUCCGGUGCCCCCGAAUGCCACGGUGGUCUUCGAGGUGGAGGUGCUCUCCGUGUCCACGGGGCCUCGCACCAUGGAGGCCUUCGGGCGGAUGGACCUGGAUAAGGACCGAAGUCUCACCAAGCCCGAGGUUAAAGAAUACUUGAAACUGGAGUAUGAAAAAGGAGGGAAGCCCCGCGACGACCCCUUCUACGAGAAGAUGAUCGACGACAUUUUCCGCAAGAACGACCACGACAGAGACGGGCAGAUCAGUCCAAAGGAGUACAACAUCUUUCAACAUGAUGAACUUUAACCUCGCGGGAAGCUAAAGCUGUUUCUCGGUAGUUUACCUAGUUUCACAUAAAGGUAAAAUAAAAAGAAAGAAUGAAACCAGAGGGAAUUUUCCCAACACAGAGACUCUUCUGCUGUCGGCUAUUUGUUGUUGUGUGAUUUUAAUAAGUCAGACCACUUCUUGUUCACAUGUCUUACCACUUCUUUAUUUAGUUCUGUUCUCCAGAUGAUCACUCCAUCCAAGUCUGGAAUUUGUUUUCGAUCUGUGGAAGCUACCAAAUGAGUAAUCCCCCUCUGCUUUGGUCAUUGUUACUGGUUCAUUUCUUUGUAAAUGCUUCGUUUUACUGGUGCAAAGGGAAUUCUGUUGUGUGUAUCUGUGGGUGAACAUUAGAAGAACUUUAGUUUAGUUUGUGUUUUUCUUUCAUUGUUUCGUUUUAGAGGACACAAUGUGUUGGAAUCUGUGGCUGCCAAACUGGAACUUUGCUGUCUGAAUGUGGGAAAGCGGUUUGGAAUAAGCAUAAACACCAAAGUCAGCCUUUCCUACUUUCUCCUUAAUUCUUCUGCCCCGUAGCAGUCAUCGUCAUUUUAAAAACACAUCUAAAGAUUGUA